AUGAUCUCCCACUGGACGUCAUAUCAGUCUCUGGGCUACCAUCAAGAUGAAAGCGACCACCUUGUCAUCCCUGAUUUUAGCUUGACCGAGUUUAAGAGCUUCUGGUCGAGAAGUAUCCCUGGAUACUCGGGUACCUACAAACUUUCCGAUCUUGACUUCGAUGAUAAGAUAACCCAGAAAUACGACAUAUGGUCUCUGGGUUGCGUGUUCUUGGAACUCGCCUCGUGGCUCCUCCUCGACGGCGAUGCGCCGACCACCUUCAGUGAUAAACGUCUGAUGCCCGAAUCUCAAUUUCAAGGGGUCCUCGCAGACGACAGAUUUUUCUAUCUUGAGACGACGGACGAAAGUACCUCACCGCCCAAGGUGAAACUCUCUGUUCUUGAGUGGAUUCAAUCUCUUCACGCUCUCAAUACGUGCCCGGGGUCUAUACACGAUUUCUUAGACAUAAUUCAGAAGAAGAUGCUGCAACCAAAAGCCGCCGAUCGAAGCGACUCCAGGAUUUUACGGAGGGAACUUGGGGACAUAUACCAUCGUUGCGUGGACUAUGGCGUGUACACGACGAAAGGCGAGGCAUUAAUAGUCCCGAAAGAUUUUGCGGCUCCAACACAUCAGGAGUCAUCACAAAGCGAGGAGCAGCCGGAUCUAUAUCCAAAAGUGACUGUAGAGAUGCAACGAUCGUCUUCGGUGGGCAGACGCCUGGGGCUUGAGACCAAGCCCGGCGAUGCCGGCGAAGGGGCGCAGGCUGUGGAAUCAGGAUUCGAAGAAUAA